CGAUCGUAUAAAUAGAACGUUGGCAGUACUUUGCUAAGCGUUACCGAUUGGAAGCCGACUGGCAGAGACUAGUUACGGCUUCAGCAGUCUCCAAACUGCAAAUGGCGUCAUUUCCAUUGCUAAUCGGAAUCACGGUGCUAUGUGUUGCGACGACGAUCGUCAGUGGUGCCAGGGGUAAAACGCCCGUAGUCCCUGACGUUGCCUCGACGUCUUUCACAGAGAGCGAACACUGUUCCAAGGAUCAAUAUCGCAUCCGCGUACGCGAUCCCAAUCGGCACAUCUCGACGCGCUUGUUGCGAUACUUCACCUUCGGUGGCAUACUGCAAGGGAUUCACGAGGAAACCCAAAUUCCGCGUGCCGAGCUGGUGCUGGGUGGCGCCAGUCAGUAUCAGGAUCAGUCGAGCCAACUGGGGCCCAAGUACCACGCGGCUCAUGUUAUCCGCGUCGGAAGUAUCGAUAAGCGUUUGAAGCAGAAAAAUAAGGACCUGUUUAAAGCGCUGACGAACUACGUUGGCCACACCCAGAACGUGAUCAGCCUUGCGAACGUAUGGCACGGGUGCUAA